UUGCGGGGAUUCCACUUUCUACAUCUCUCCAUUGGAAAAACUGUCCGUUCCUCUGACCUCUCUUUUUCUACCACGCUCAGGAAACAUGGCCCAAGUUGGUUCAGGGAAGACGGUUCUUUUCCACCAGGAAGACCCAAAAGGUCUCACCUACCGCAUCCCAGCUCUCCUCUACCUGCCGUCUGAGUCUACUUUCCUGGCAUUUGCUGAGGAGCGCUCAACGCCCAGAGACGAAAAUGCCAAGUUCCUGGUGAUGAGACGAGGGCGGAAGGAAGGAAUGUCUGUUCAGUGGGGUCCUCAGACGUCUCUGAUGGAAGCCACGUUGGCCAACCAUCGCACCAUGAACCCUUGCCCCAUUCUCGAGAGGAAGAGUGGACGCGUUUUCCUGUUCUUCAUCUGCGUGGAGACCCACGUGACGGAACGGCAGCAGAUCUUCACAGGGAGGAACGCCGCUCGGCUCUGCUACGUCGUCAGCCAAGAUGGCGGCCGCACCUGGAGCCAGACGACCGACCUGACGGAGCAGGUGAUUGGCAAACAUUUGAGGAACUGGGCCACCUUUGCGGUUGGGCCUGGGCACGGCCUGCAGCUGAGUUCCGGGCGCCUGGUGAUCCCAGCUUACGCCUACUACAUCCACAAGCGAUGUUUCGGGCACGCGCUCAACUGCUGGACCAGACCUCAUUCCUUGGCGUUCUACAGCGAUGACGGCGGGCAGAGUUGGGCCCGAGGACAGCUCCUGAUGCACUUGAACACAUCCGAGUGCCAAGUUGCGGAGCUGACCUGCCGGGACGAUAUCCAAGUGCUGUACUGCAACUCCCGCAGCCCGGACAGGUACCGGGCCGAAGCUUUCAGCACAGAUGGCGGAGAACACUUUGAGGAAGGGUACCUGUCCAAGGACUUGUGCGAGCCGCCCAGUGGGUGCCAGGGCAGCGUGGUGAGCUUCUUCCCUCAGCCGGAGGGCAGCUCUCGCUCCUCUCUGGCCUCGUUCAGCAGCACAAAGUCCUGGCUGUAUGAAGUGGUGACAGCAGCAGAACAUAUCACAAUUGCCUUAAGUAUAAUCAUGUCUUUAAUUGCCAAAGCAAUGCUGUUUCAAAGUGAAGCUAUGGAAGCUGAACAGAUCAAAGCCUAUUGGACAUCCACACCUGCUUCUUAUGCUCCGGAGAUAUUUGAUACUGUUACAGAAAAGUAUCAAUAG